CGGCCGGGCGGCUCUGGCCGCUGCCCUCCCUUGGGGAAUGGCAGCGCUCCCGGGGCGGGCGUGGAGAAAAGGGGUGGCCGGGGUGACAGGGCUCUUGGCAAGCCUUUGGCAGGGGCGAGAGCCUCUGGUGGCUGAGAGGUGGGCGGGGAGGGUGACAGGGCUUGGCAGACGACUAGCAGGAGGUGAGGAAUAGGUGACAGGGUGUGGCAGGUGGGUAGCAGGAUGGUCCUCGACAAGUCUGGGUGCGGAGAGCUCCCCUGAGGACCCCUGCUUUCUGCUGGCUCUGGUGAAACCCCUGGAUGGUGGUUUGCUUUGAGGUUUUUGUGCUGUCAGGCUCCUUUGUGUUUAGGAGGGAGAUAGAGAAAGGAUAGGGCUAAAAUACUUGGCUUGACAGAUGAAGCAAAUAGAUAGUAAAUGACAGACUUUUUCUUCUUUAAGGACACUGGAGAUAAGAUUUUAAUUGCCCUGGUAUAGCCAGUAAAUGUUUUAUGGCUUCAUAUAAGGUGCAAUAACAGUGAAAACAUAAUUUAAAUGGUUCAUUCUUUACGUUUCAAAUCAGUAAUGCACUCUGAAAACGUUUGCCAGUUUUUUGAUAAGGAUGCAAUUAAUAUGCUUUUUACUCAAGCUACAUUUCAAACUCAGUGGCAAGAGACAGUUAAAAGUAACUAGAAGAUUUGACAUAACUCGAUAUCCAUAUAUCUGCAUUGUUUUUGGAGUAUUUUCUGCAAAUCUGAAGUAAGUAGUCUAAAAUUGCAGCUCCCUAUUCAAAUGCAGCUGGGUUAGUCCCUUAGUAUCCACAAAGGACAUAAAAAUUAAGUUUGUAUUUUGUUUUUAGAUGCAAUUAUUUCUAUGUACUACAAUAUAUGGUGACAAUUUGCUUCCAUCUGGAUGAAUGUAGCUUGCCAGAAAUAGUUCAUUUACUCUGUGGCUAAAAUGUACAUGUUGUAUGAUAAAUAUGUGUUUAGCACAUACAUACCAGAUGUGCACUUUGUGACAAAGGACAGCUUGCCCAUUCUUUCGUGCAACUCAGUAGACCGCCAUCACAAGAGAAGGGCUGUUCACAUGGUAGGUACACACAUAGCCCAGUAAAAAGGCUCAGAAAGGCUAUUUGACUCACCCUAGCCAAAAGUAGGGUGCUGUUCUGUACCAAGGAGGUGCCGGUUCUUUUGAGAUCUCAGUAGGUGUGGACACUCAAGGCUAGUUAACUGGUUUAUUGUGUAAAGUAGUAGAAGACAUGAUAGUAAUCCUACAAGCCGUGUGGUGCUGGGAACGCUGGCUGUCGCAAUGUCAGACAAGCCCCUUCGCAUUGAUCAGCAUGCUGCACAGACCACAUCAGAGAUGCAUUCAGUGUUUGACAAAGAACGUUUCCAGAUAUAUUGCAGAUAUCAAGCCGUUGCCACCCAACAUAAAAGAUAAGCUAAUUAAAUUAAUGAGCAUGCAAGGGCAAAUAACGGAUUCAAAUAUCAGCGAGGUGUUGCAUCCUGCUGUAGAGUCCCUAGACCUCCGAGACUGUGAUAUUUCAGAUAACGCAUUGUUGCAGCUUUAUAACUGCAAGCAAUUGAAAAAAAUCAACUUAAAUUCUUGCAAAGAAAACAGAUUGGGAAUCACUUCAGAAGGUAUCAUAGCCCUGGCCUUAUCCUGUCCCUACCUGCGUGAAGCAUCUUUCAAAAGGUGCUGUGACAUAACUGACAGUGGAGUUCUCGCUCUUGCGCUCAACUGCCAAUUCUUACAAAUAGUGAAUUUGGGCAGCUGCUCGGGCAUCAUGGAUGCUUCUCUGCAGGCACUAGGAGAAAACUGCAAAUUUCUUCACAGUGUGGACUUUUCAUCUACUCAGGUAACAGAUGAUGGCGUUAUAGCACUAGUGAGUGGAGUGUGUUCAAAGAAUUUAAAGGAGAUCCACAUGGAACGCUGUGUAAAUCUGACUGAUGUUGCUGUGGAAGCAGUCCUGACUUGUUGUCCAAAGAUACACAUUUUUCUCUUCCAUGGAUGCCCACUGAUAACAGAUCGCUCCCGAGAUGUUCUAGAGCAGCUAGUCAUAUCAAACAAAAUCAAGCAAGUGACGUGGACCAUUUACUGAUUAUUUUUUGUCUGUGUAUGUAUGAGUGUAAAGUUUACAGAUGGGAGAGCUGCUUCAGAAAACAAGCACCUCAGAGAAACAGCUGGUGACUUUUGUACUUCCACAUUGCUUCUCUCCUUCUUCCCACCAGAGGUCUCCGUCGCCAUUCCUGUCCUUGCAUGUGAGCCUGGGCUCUCUGCUUAAGCAGAGUCCUGUCUGCAUCACUGGUCAUACACCAUUAAGAGGAAAGUUAAAAUGAUAAUCAGUAUUACACUGUCAUCUCUCAGCCUCUUUGAACGAUCAGAUUUGUCACUAUUUAGCAUCUUUUAGCAUCUUAGCUACUUACCUGAAUCUAGUAUUAAUUAUCUGUUCCGAGGUUGUAAUCUGAGAGGGUAGUUGCAAUUAAAAAUGCCAAGCCCACACAUAAUACUUACACAGAAGUGUCUGCAAAGUUGGGACUUUAAUUUGACAAAAGUCAGCAGCGAGAACUGAUAAAUGGAAGUGUUAUUAAUAGCAGUGCAAAUAUAUUUUAUGUAGUAACAAUCUCCUUUUACUGUGUACUUUUUCUCAGCCUGGAGGAAAAACUGUACGUGCUUUUCUUUUGAUGUUACUGAUGCUAAAGGUUUCUGUCUUUAUGUACUAUCAAAUGUUUACAGGAGUUUUACACAUCCAAAAAUACAGUCUGUGAACGUGUAAACAUAAAGUAGCUUUGAAAUUAUUGUGGUGAUUUAACAUAUUUCAGAAUAGUGCUUAUGACCAAUAAAAUAAUCUUGUAUAUGGGCAAA